AUGAAUAGGCUUCCCUCUUCCCCCAUCGUAGGCUUGCCGGAAUUAUCAGAGCUUCCGCGGCCGAUCACCAAUUCUCUCCCCGCUACCGCUUCAAGGGGUUCAAACCUCGAGGAAUUCAAUGGUUUGUGGGGUAUCGAAGAGGUCCUUUUCGGACUUAGCGAUCGCCACACCGGGGCGGUUACGUGUUUAUUACCUCAGGAACGCGUCGCGGCGCCGCGGAUGACGCUAUUCCCGGAAUGGGCGAAGCGGGUGUUUUUUGAGGAGAGCCAAUGGCUGGAGCGGUUUGAUCGGCUGUGGGAGAGGGGGCGGUGUGAGGAAAGGACAACCGUUGAGGCCGCCUCCGGAGACUCCGCGCCGGGCGGUGUUUCCCAUGCCGUAGACUCUCCAAGUGAGGGAGAUAACCCACCCUCUGCCAAGUUGGUUUCCACGCCGCCAUUGUUAUCAUCACCGAGUAAGGUUGCCAUGAAUAAUCUGAAAGAUAGCAGUGAGGUAUGGGAUGGCGGAACUUUCGUCUCUUCGAUCUCAAACCCCUCGUUUCCUCCGCUCUACGCGGAUGUUUUAGGUCGCCCGAAGAUUGUGCGUUGCUUACUCUACAACUUCCUUGCCAACCCAACCUACUGGCGGGAUGCGGUCGAUGAGCUUCUCCAGCUCGCGGAGGAAAAGGUGUGGAGCCUCGGCAUCGGAUCGACCGACGGCCAUACGGACUUUAAGGCGAGUCAGUGGAGUUUAGAGCAUCUAUUGCGGCCGAUGGAAUCUGUUGUGUUUUACUCGCCCGGCUUGCGUGAAGUGUUAUGGCGGGUGCUCGAUAUGAGCCCCGAGUCCUUCAUUGGUCCGGUUGCCAUGUGGUUUGCUUUUGUUGUUGCUCACCGGCAGGAUGCCGCGCUUCUGCGCUCGCCGCACCAGCCUCCGUUUAGUUUUUCGGAGGUGAAUCCAACGCUAACGCCUCAUGAUUUCGAUUACCGCCGGUUUGGAUCUGUAAAAACGAAUUUGGCUGUGGCCUCCGAGGGCUGCAAAAGGGAGACGACGCCUUGUGGCUCCCCGCGAGGCGGGCCUCUCGACGCGCUGACGGAGGAGGAGUGGAGGGGUAUGUCAGAAACACAACAAAUCGAGUUGUUGUUUGGUAAGGAUGCGGUUUCAGAGCUUGCGACUGCGACAACGGCGGUUCUGAAGGGAAAUUCCUCAGAGGGUGGCGAUAUUUUCGUUUUUAAUCCGUCUUCAACACGUUCACGCCUAAGUGGUGAUAGUGAUAAUGGCUCAGAUUCUGAAAAUACCUCUGAUUUGUUAGACCAACCACCAAGCCCAGAGUCCGGGGUGGAUUUCACCUACAUAGAUCCAGAAAAGGAAGCUAUGCUUGAGCAGAUGCGACAUGAGAUGCAGCGCUUGUAUGCCUACGAGCUGGAUCAUUUUUUGUUAGGGAUUGUAGAGUGUACGUAUGAUUCCAUGAUGAAGACACCGUGCGUGGACCUCCCACCAAGCUUACAAACAUUUAGUGAAGAGAAACGGAAGCAGACUGCAAUGCCUCGUCCUCGUAAAGACAACGUUCUACGCGACAGCUACUACGCAAAUGGCCUGUUUCGUAACGCCCGAAGUGGAGAAAUUGAGGAUGUUCAUCUGGCCCAAUUAUGGAAGGCAUUUCAAGACGAAGAUACCGGUAUGCUGCUCGAUCAUUGGGUGCAUGUUCGUAGAAGACUGCACGUAGUACAACGUGAGCUUCGUGCCGAGCUAGCGAUUCAGGCGGCGUUUAAGCUUCUUUUUUUUUCGAGAGACGAAGUAAGGGCGGUGACGAACCCGAAGGACUCAUAUCAUCGUCUGUGGAGACUGCAUCAGGAGCUGGUGGAGCUAUUGACACCCGCUGGUACAAAAGUCGCACAUAAGUUAGUAUCAAGUCCAGUUAAAUCGCCGUUGCCCGAUGCCACGCCAGUCGCGCACUCGAUGGAAUACCUUCGGGUACAGUUUCCAUCAUUUGAAUCGCUUCCUCUAGAUCAGAAAGUCUCCUACACAUGCUUUGGGCGCGACCAUCUCCUAAAUGUAAAAGACAACGAUACAUUACACAAUGCCAUGCAAUGCAGCAAAGACAAUAUAGAAAAGGUAGAACCCUUUGCUUUGUUUUGUGGCUAUUGCCAAGCCAUGCACCCAGCGCAUGAAACAUUCCUUCUCAGCAAUGAUGGUGCGCUCCAACGCAUUUCCAUACGUUAUCUAACAUUGGACCAGAUGCAGAUCGCUUAUCAAUCCCUGACGCCAUUACAAAAGUCUGCUAUUCUCUACUGUUUCCCAGGGUUAUUGGAGAAUGAGGAUGCAGGCGAGAAAUUACCAUACGCCCCAAGAAUAUCAAACACUGAGGUUAAUCUUUCCAAAGGGAAGGAAAUCUCACGCGAGGAAGCCUGUGCUCCAAAGCGCAAUGAAAUUGAGCCUAUUACGUCAGUGGAAUGCAAUGAGGGAAUCAGUUGCGAGGUCGAACUCUCUGAAAGCUGUGGUAGUAGAAAAAAAAGUGAGAUGCAUGCCGAACAGCUGAAUGUGCAGCACGAUUUCCUAGAGUCUAUGCCUACAUCCAAGGUUAAAGACGUGCAAAAGGGUAUGGAGGGGCCAGCGUACAGUCCUAAAGCGUCAUUUUUAAAGGAGGGCUCUAUUAACAUGAAUCAAAAAAACAUGAACGGUGAAAACACGUGUAUCUCUAAGCACUCUACCUCCAUAACACCGUCAUUUCUGACAGACGCUGUUACCGCGCUGGCUAACAGUCUCAACAAAGCCGGCUUGGGAGAUCAACUACAGCAAGUAGCAAACGUUCUUGUGCAGCUUAUCAUAAAGGAAAUGGAUGCAAAUGCACGCAAGGUCGUUAAGCACCGCAUGUGUUCUCGGAAGAAGGGCAGUAAGGAUUCCCCUCCCUCGCGAGUGCAAAAGCGGGGAAAAUCUAGAAAGAAUCAAUCGUCAAAGGAUCACUGA